UGUACAGUUUAUUUGCUCAGUUUAGCACUGCCCAAAAUAUAGCCCAGAAGAGGAUCGGCUAACAGGAGCGCCCACUGCCCCCAAACCAGUGCCUCUCUCGGAGUCACCGGCUCUUCACAGUAGUCGUCGCUGAGCCCCGGUUCGCGGAGAUGACCGAGCUAAGGCACCGUGGAGCCAAAGACUGCGAUCCGACCCUGGAGCAGCAAGCGUCCGAGGACAAGGGCUCAGACAGCGAGCUGAAGGCAGAGAAGGAUGGAGUGUCUGACAGUGAGUCUAAGCCCGAUACGGGGGUCCCAGAGGUGCCCGUGUCCGCCGAUGACACCCCCGAAGUCCUCAACAAGGCCCUGUCCGGUCUCUCAUCAAGGUGGAAGAACUGGUGGGUGAGAGGCAUCCUGACACUGGCCAUGAUCUCCUUCUUCUUCUUCAUCAUAUACCUGGGGCCUAUGGUGCUCAUGAUGAUCGUCCUGUGUGUCCAGAUCAAGUGCUUCCAUGAGAUCAUCACAAUCGGAUACAGUGUGUACCACUCCUACCACCUACCCUGGUUCAGGACACUCAGCUGGUACUUCUUGUUGUGUGUGAACUACUUCUUCUAUGGGGAGACUGUCACUGACUACUUCUUCACACUGGUGCAGAGAGAGGAGCCACUGCGUAUACUCAGCAAAUACCAUCGCUUCAUAUCAUUCGCCCUCUACCUCAGUGGUUUCUGUAUGUUUGUGCUCAGUCUGGUGAAGAAACACUACCGCCUGCAGUUCUACAUGUUCGGUUGGACUCACGUGACUCUGCUGAUUGUGGUCACUCAGUCUCACCUCAUCAUUCACAACUUGUUUGAAGGCAUGAUCUGGUUCAUUGUGCCGAUCUCCAGCGUGAUCUGCAAUGACAUAAUGGCCUAUAUGUUUGGAUUUUUCUUUGGUCGUACGCCUCUCAUCAAGCUUUCUCCUAAAAAAACCUGGGAAGGAUUCAUUGGAGGAUUAUUUUCUACCAUUGUGUUCUGUGCUUUGCUGUCGUAUGUGAUGGCGGGGUACAGGUACUUCGUGUGUCCCGUGGAGUUUAAUAAUGACCUGAACAGUUUCCAGGUGGACUGUGAGCCUUCAGAGCUGUUCCAGUUACAUGACUACGCUCUGCCCUCCGUCCUCGAGUCUGUCACUGGAUGGAGCACAGUGAGGCUCUAUCCAUUCCAGAUCCACAGCAUCGCCCUGUCCUCCUUCGCCUCCAUCGUGGGACCCUUCGGAGGAUUCUUUGCCAGCGGCUUCAAGAGGGCCUUCAAAAUCAAGGACUUUGCCAACACGAUUCCCGGGCACGGAGGAAUCAUGGAUAGGUUCGACUGCCAGUAUCUGAUGGCCACUUUUGUCAAUGUUUACAUCGCCAGCUUCAUCAGGGGCCCCAAUCCGUCCAAAGUCAUCCAACAGCUCAUGGCCCUGCGCACCGACCAACAGCUGUACAUCUUCAACGCUCUCAAGGCCCAUCUGAUCGAGAAGGGCCUGCUCCCGGCUCUGGAGGAGGUCAUCGCUUAAAUCAAACCUCCCCCCACACACUUACCCGACCCUACCUUACCCAUCCCUACCACACGAGGGCGCCAUGAUGACAGCAGGCCACGCUAAAAACACUCUAGCCUCGGGUCGAGCCAUUUUCAUUUGCAUUUUGUUAUGUGAACUCUUCCACCAGUGUUGUUUGUGAAUUUUUACUGUACUGACACAUUUCCAUUCAAAACUUCUUAGAUUAUUUUUAUUAUUUUUAUAUCAGAGGUGGGUAGCAGUUACAUAUACUCAGUUACUUUUACUUGAGUAACGUUUUAAAGAAAUUCUUCUUUUCUAUCAGCAUACUUUUACUCCUACUUGAGUAAUAUUUUCAUCGAAGUACAGUACUCUUUUGGUUACUACAACUGACAAAAGCUUUAAGUUGACGACAAUUUGAACAUUUGUGUAUUGUUUUUCUUUUUUUUCAAAAUUUGUGCAUUAACUUCAAAUUAAAAAUCAGAUGUGAGGUCCAGAUAGUUACUCUUACUCGAGUACUUUCUCCAAAUAUUUUUUUUAUUCUUACUCGAGUUAUUUCUUGGACCACUACUUUGUACAUCUAUCUUAAAUAAUUUGUAGUAAUGUUACUCUCACUCGAGUACUAUUUUUUUGGCUACCCACCUCUGUUUUUUUUUUUUUGACAAACACUGAAUAUAUUACAGACUUUUGUCACCGGGUAUCUACCUAAAAAUGGCGUGUUUAUUUUUAUUUUGAUUGUAUAUUUCUUUUAAAAGCACUGCUCUGCCAACCUGCUGUUACCCAGAUGUGCCGCCAACGUUACCUUUUAAGUUACUAAGAUGUGAUUCUUUAUAUUUAUACAUAGAUGGUUUUAUAUGGGCUACUAUUACGUGUAUCUUAAAUGUCUGCGUGUGAUCUGUGUCUUAUGUGUGUUCCGCGUUACCUUUCAUUCUGUACGUUUUCGCCGCCAUUUCGUUAUUACAGCCAAAUUUGGUCGCGCUUACUUCCUCGCCAAAUACAAAACCUGGUGAAUAUGAUUAUUAUUUUCGGUUAUUGUACAAAGUGUAAUGCUGUCCCUAGUUUAUGUCAAUGUUUUAUUUAUUUUCUCAAAUCCUUAAAGGUGCACCGUGUAGCUUUUCUGCUUGUGUCCAUGGAGAUGUCAUUGCUUUUACAGGAAUGUUCCACAGUAUGGCAUUAUCUAUCUUAGAAAUGCAUUUAUUCACUUACAGGUGUUUGUAUUGUAAAAAAAAAAAACUUAAACAUUUUAUUUCUUACCUUUGCUGGAUUCAGUUGCUUGUCUCCGUAGCGAUUUAUCUGUUUCAGGUUAUACUCUGGAAUGUUCCACAGUAUGGCAUUAUCUAUCUAGGCAAUGCAUAUGUUAAAUUACAGGUGUUUGUAUUGCAAAAAGAUAUUGAAAAACGUAUUUUUUACCUGUAAUUUGACCUGGCUUCGGCCUCUUGCCUUGUCUCCAUGGCGAUAGAUCAGUUUAAUGUCUUAUUAUGGAAUGUCCCACAGUAUGACAUUAUCUGUUUUGCACUGCAUAUAUUCAGUUACAGGUGUUUGUAUUGCUAAAAAAUUAUUUCUUACCUGUAACUUUGCUGCUUUCAGUUGCUUGUCUCCAUAGCGAUUUAUCUUCUAUCUAUUUAAGGUCAUACUCUGGAAUGUUCCACAGUAUGGCAUUAUGUAUCGUGCAAUGCAUGUAUUCAAUUACAGGUGUUUGUAUUGCUAAAAAAAACCCUGAAAAACAUUAUUUAUUACCUGUAAUUUGACCUGGCUUCAGCCUCUUGUCUCCAUGGUGAUAGAUCAGUGUAAUGUCAUACUACGGAAUGUUCCACAGUAUGACAUUAUCUGUUUUGCAUUGCAUAUAUUCAGUGACAGAUAUUUGUAUUGCAAAAAAUACCUUGAAAAACUUAUUUUUUACCUGUAAUUUGACCUGGCUUCAGCCUCUUGCCUUGUCUCCAUGGUGAUAGAUUAGUUUAAUGUCUUACUAUGGAAUGUUCCACAGUAUGACAUUAUGUAUCUUUCAUUCAUUCAUUUACAUGUGUUUGUAUUGCAAAAAAUACAUUCACAAACAUACUUACUUUCUUACAUGUAACAUGACCUGGCUUCAGAUUCUUGUCUCCAUGGCGAUAGAUCAGUUUAAUGUCUUCACUGUGGAACAUUCCAGUCUUGCAUGUAUUCAGUUACAGAUGUUUGUUUGUAUUUGAAUGUAUUUUAAGCAGUAUGUUCUUUCUAACUUGUAACUUGACCUAGUUUCAGAUCCUUGUCUCCAUGGCGAUAGUUUAGUUUAACGUCAUAGUGUGGUCUAUUCUACAGCAGAAAAGUUACUCAGUGCACCUUUACACCUUUUAAUAUACCCUCCAUAUGGAUUUUGUCACUGCCAACCAGAUAGAUGACAAUCAAGGGGUAGUCACUGUAAAAAAAAAAAAAAAAGAAGCUAUACACAUUUUUUAGUUGAGUAUAUUCAAGACCAGUGUUAAUCUUACCAGGUGAAGUAUAGAAGGUAAAACUCGUUGGGUUAACAGUAUUCAGUUCAAGCUGUUGUAAAUUAAUUUCUGGAGUAACCUUAUUUGCUAUUUGUUGUGUUAAAGAUUUAAUAUUAACUGCUAUGACCAAAAGCUUUCUUGUUGCAGUAAUUUAUUUCAAAUUCUAUACAAA